GCGAGAUCAGGGGGUGGAUCGAGUGAGACUUCGGUGGACGCGCGCUAAAUUCUUUCCAGAAUACGGGCUCCUCGUCGGAGACUCCAGCUCUCUUGAGACGCUGGUCAGGAUUAAGCGAAUUUAGAUGACUUUUUUUUGACGUUCCGAAAUUUACGUUUAUUGUUCCCCAUUAUUUGUUUUGCGUUUUAGCCAAACAUUACUUGUUUAUUUUAGGCCCGCAUCAAGAAAAUAAUGCAGAAAGACAAAGAAGUUGGAAAGGUUGCAUCUGCAGUUCCUGUUCUAAUAUCAAGAGCCUUGGAGCUGUUCUUAAAAUCUCUCUUAACAAAGAGCUGUCAAAUCGCCCAAUCAAAGCACACAAGAACAAUGACGCAGGGACAUAUACAGCAGUGCAUUGAAACAGAGAAGCACUUUCAUUUCUUGAAGGAUAUGGUAAAUCGCUUCUCAUCUCUCAGACCAUCUCAGGAACAGGCCUGUAGCAAAUCAGGUGGCAGAAAAAGUUGGCAAGAUGUAGGGGCAAAACACAAAGAACAUGGGAAGAUCCAGAGGACAGGAGGACAGAUGAAAGGGUCUACUGGUUUCCCAGAUUCUGAUGAUUCUGAACCAGAGCUGGUGAUAUGCAUUGAAAACAAGAUAUCACAGAGGACCUUCAAAAAAAGAAGUGGACAAUCAGAAAUGACAAGAUCAAAUUACUUCAGUGGUUCACACCUGGUAGGCAUCAGCCCAGUUCUGACUGCUCCGCAGUGAAGAUGACUUCUGAAAAUGUCUACCUUGUCUCAGUUUUAUCACUCUGUAUAUACGUAAUUCUGUGCAAUAUUUAUUUUGAUACAAUGUUUUAUCCUACUGGCUUCAGUAUUUAAAUUGUGGACAAGAAUUCAGUUUUUUUUUUCUUCGUAUAAUGUAAGAGUAUGUUUACCUUAUUGUGAUUUGAUGUUUAAAAUUGGGUACUAGUUUUAUGUUUUGGAUUGUGCAUUUUUCUUGUGUAUUUAUGCUAAUGUAUAUGCUACAAAGUUUGAUUGUUAUUGGCAGUUGGUUUUCUUAACAUUUAAGAACCUUAUGCCCAAGCUUGGAUUAGUACCUCAUAGCUGAAUAUUAGUUCCAAAAGGAGCACAAAUGAAAGAUGCAAUGAAAAUUGUUUCAGACUGUGAGCUCUAUUUAAAAUAUAUACUGUAUAUAUGUACAGUACACUACUAAACUGUUACUGGUUUGUUGUUUAUUUGAAGAUACAAGACUAUUUUAGUUAUGACUCUACACCAGUAUUUAGUAAGUGUUCCAUGUUCUAUAAAGAAGUGGCAAUAGUCUAUGAAUAACCAUUGUAAAGAAGAUUUGCCCAAAAAUCUACUCAAAGUGACAUUCAAUUCAUUAAUAACAUUUUCUCACUCUCAACAGUACUAAAUGGACCUAUAUGUUAUAAAAACAUUUAUCCCUUAGAGUGUAAUGUGUUUAUGGUGUCAUUUUCAAGUCCAACAUCCAAGGUAGAACAUAUUUUUAAAAAUGACAAUACCUAAAACUUCAACCCAAAAGCAGUCACAGCUUCUUAAA